AGAAUGUCACUCUUUGGGAUGGUCGCAUUUCCUCCUGUCCCAUCGAUAUCACUGUCGUUGGCUGUGGUCUUGGUGGUCUUGCCGCUGCCUUUACGUUGUCCAAGGCUGGCCACCGAGUGAUGAUUCUCGAGGCCGCACCCGCCAUCGGUGAAGUCGGCGCCGGCAUCCAGGUUACGUCCAACGUCAGCAGGCUUCUUAUUCGUUGGGGUCUGAGGAAGCAGCUUGAAGCCCUCGGUGUCGUUCCGGCAGGCUUUUGCUUUAGACGUUGGGAGAAUGGUGAAAUGAUCGGGUAUACCUCGUUCGAGCACAUGUUCCCUGACUACGGUUCGCAUUAUUAUCAUCUUCACCGCGCCGACUUCCACCGGAUGCUGUACGACUUGGUCGUCGAUGCCGGCGUCGAGAUCCGUUUGGGGAGCACCGUUGUAAAGAUCGACCCAGAGAUUCCCUCUUGCACCCUCCAGAGCGGCGAGGUCGUGAAGUCUGAUCUCAUUAUCGGGGCUGACGGAGUGAAGUCCAUGAUUCGCGAGGUCGUCGUCGGGCACGAGGACAAGCCUGUGCCGACUGGAGAUGCGGCAUACCGGGUUAUUCUACCCACAGAGCUACUCCUGAAGGAUCCAGAUCUGGCACCUUUCGUCAACGAACCCCAGAUGACCAUCUGGAUGGGUCCCCACCGUCAUAUCGUCGCCUAUUGCGUGCGCGGCCGGCGCGAUUUCAACCUGGUUUUGGCACAUCCUGAUGAUGGCUCGGUGGAGUCGUGGACUGCGCAGGGCAGUGCCGACAAGAUGCGCAAAGACUUUGAGGGCUGGGAGCCGCGCGUUCAGAAGCUGCUGGAUCUCGUGCCCUCUGUCCUGAAGUGGAGGUUGAUGGAUCGCAUGCCUCUGGAGAAAUGGGUACACGAUUCAGGGAAGGUCGUCUUGCUCGGUGAUAGUUGCCAUCCCAUGCUUCCUUAUCGAGCUCAAGGAGCAGCCAUGGCUAUUGAGGACGCUGCCUUCCUAGGCAACAUCUUCUCUCGUCUUGAAGACAAGUCCCAGGUCCCAGUGUUCAUCCGCGGCUAUGAGACGGGCCGGUACCCUCGAACCUCUGAAGUUCAGGCUUCUGCCCGUCUCAACCAGAAGAUCAACCAUUUAGUUGACGGACCCGAGCAACUCGCGCGCGACACCGUUAUGAAGACUGCGAUGGAAAAGCCUGGGACGAACCAGGAUGAAUGGAAUCAAUGGUCGGAUAAGAGGAAGGGAGACGCGCUCUACGGAUAUGAUGCGGACGUAGCGGCUGACCAGUUUUGGGCUGAGACGCUUGCGAAAGAUGUGCAGGUGAAAGCUGCGAACGGGCACGCUCGUCUGUGAUCGCGGUAACGUGUUGAAUAUUCUACCGAGUAGUUUUUGGGCUGUACAUUAUUCAAUGGUAUACCG